UCUCUUUCUACAGUAACGUUGAGUUGUGAGUGUUAGAAGAUGUCAGUGAUGGUGGUAGGUGUGAGGGCCGGGCGCGUAGUGUCAGCAGGAGCCAGACACAAGCACACACUCUCUGCAGAACAACAGCAGCAACCACCACAGCAAAAGAUGCAUCAGGCAGCGAGUGGAAUGACCAGUUUUCAACCAUCACACAUACCCAUGCCAGCAAACGUAGAGGAGCUUCAGGCGUCGGAAAAGGCACGUUUCUCUCCUCGUCGCAACAGAGAUGUUUCUUCACAGUUGAACCAAGUGGGCAGCUUGUUUAGCUCAGGGUUCAUGGGCAACCAAGGGUCACAGAGUGCCUACAACCGUGGAACACUGCCUGUUGACUCUCACGUUGAUGUUUAUGAUGCACGCAUCACAGUUUCUUUGUCUUCGGUGAUGCAAGCAAAUGUCCCCAAGCCUUAUGGAAUUUCAGGGAAGGCCCCAGUUCAUCUAAACAUGCUUGGUGGUCAGUGGGCCCAGGAUGACAAGUAUGUCUCUGGUGACCUCCUCGACCACCACCACUCUACCAUCAUCUUGAAGAAAAACCCAGGCAAUGGAGUAGAUAUGACGGGGUUGAUAAAGAGUUUAGGCAUCAACAUAGGAAGGGUGACCGAGGGAGCUGCUGCUGCUGUGGGUUGUGAAACUUCGGCCUCCAUAGCAACUGCACCAGAGGAAGCUCUUGGCGAGGUUGCAGCCACAGAAAGUCUUCAACGGGGAGACGUGGCAGAGGCUUGUAGAAGUGCCGUAGAUUUGAACACUGUGAGAGCAGCAGGGGCUGCCACAUUUGUAGUGGCAUAUGCUGUGCAUAAGGUGUUUGCUCCAGCACGUAUAGCUAUAACACUUACCGCCACUCCUUUUAUUGUUAGACAUCUACGAAAAAUUGGAUUUUUGAAACCACCCAAACCUAAAGCAAGUUAAGGCUUUAAAAUUAUAAAUGCUGUUAAAAGCAUUGGAAUAAUUCUUAAUAUUAAUUUUUAGAUUGAAAUGGUCAUUAUUCUGAUGAAUUAGUGGGAUAUACAAAAUAUUGGCAAAUUCUGUAGUCCUAAAAUUGUAACAGUUGUAAACCUAAUUUGCUCAAAAGAUUUGCACAUUAAAUCUAAGGCUUAUUGUCUCUUAUUCAUUAAAAUAAGCCUUCAUUACUUGAUACACAUGAUGGCUUGCAGUACUAUAUAGGGUUUGUAAUUUAUAAUUUUAUAUCAAACGUUCUCUUGAAGACAUUUAGUGCUUGGUGAUGGCUUGUAGCCUCUUGUUGCACAGACGUCCGUUGAAUGAACUUUAGUGUGUACUAAAUUGGGACCAUGUUCAGAAGUUUCUGAUGAUUUGAAUGUUUAUUGAUUGAUCUCUGCUUCUGUGGGUGAGCACAGUUGUGUAAUUUUCGCAAAGAUUUAUAAUUUAGGCAAUUUAAAUUAAAAUACUGUAAUUAUGAAUUGUUUUAUUUUGGUUACGAAUGAUUUCAGGGUUGUGCUGCAGUGUGGUUGUUUCUUUGAUGCUAUAUAAUACAUGUAAUACUGUACUAUAAUGAAUGAAUGAAAGAGAUAUUUACAGCUUGUA